CUCCCCUAGCACACGGUUUCUCCAACAUCUUGAACUCCAUGCAAUAUGUAUUAUCUUCCCCUUUCCGCCAGUCUCCACUACAAAGUCAUUGUCUUCACCCAACAUGGAAUCGUUCAUCCAGACCUGAGAAGGGAUGCACACGAGUUAUACAUCUUUAAAUUCUAACGGGCCUCCUUUUCGAAGCAUGCAAUUGUGGCGAGUCUCAUCACUCUAUCAAUGUCUUGCCAUAUAUUGGGACCGCUGAGUCUGUCGACAUGUUUGAGUGUCGUCAGAGGCCCGUUACGAAUCAGCUUCUUGCUCGGCGAUUGUUUCCGUGUGCACCGUGCAAAUCGUCCCUGGCUUUCUCCUUAGAAAUGCUGGAGUUUGCUUCACAACUCUUCGUUUGCAUGGCGCCAAGCAACCGCGCAUUUGCGGCUACCACUGAGGCGGUUCUUGCUGCCAAUGGAUUCCCAUUUCAAACCGAAGACUCGUUGUGGCGCCGCUUUCCCAGUGCACUUCUCCAUUAUCAAAUACUCGUCCAGGAAGUGGAUACAGAGGUCCAGCGUUUGGCUCGUGAGCCUUCAAUUGACCAAUGCGGAUGCUACUCGCCCUACUAGGGAGGACGCCGAUCCUACGGUAUCUAUUGCAGAUGAUGUGAUCGACAGGGAUAGUGUGCUGGUGCUUUAAAAUUAGAUGAGACAACUGGACUUGGAGCACAGAAAUAUCUCAAUGCUCAACACGCAGCUUCGAUCCCUUCGGACACAUCAUCUGCUCUCCC